GCCCUCCAUGUGCGGCUUGACAUUCUCUAUGUGGAAUCAGAAAUGUUGGAGGGCCCCAACGCGGAGGAGGCCAAGAAGGCAAUUCUCGAGUGUGACGGCAUCUUCGUUCCUGGCGGCUUCGGUAAACGUGGUGUGGAUGGCAAGUGUGCUGCGGUGGCAUUGGCGCGGCACCACAACAUUCCCUACUUCGGUGUCUGUUUGGGCAUGCAGGUCGCCCUCAUUCAAGUGUGCCGUGAAGAGCUUGGGUGGAAGGACGCCAACAGUGAGGAGUUUGACCCUUCCAGCACACAUCAGAUUGUGCGCAUCAUGGACUGUGAUCGCCAUAGUAUGGGGGCGAACAUGCACUUGGGUGCCCGCAAUGUGCAUCUUGUAGAAAAGAACUCCAUCAUGUCCACAAUAUACUCCGGUGCUGACUUCGUCGUGGAGCGCCAUCGUCACAGAUAUGAGGUGAACACAACAUAUCUUGGCCAAUUGCGUGGGGCCGGAGUUUUGAUCAGUGGUGUGUCGGACCCGACGUUUGGUCCGCACACGCGUGUGGAGGCGAUUGAGAUUCCGUCUCUCCGCUUCUUCCUCGCUGUUCAGUUCCACCCAGAGUUUGUGUCGUCGCCCAUGGACCCAUCGCCGCCGUACCUCGCAUUCAUGGCUGCGGCCUCGAAGAAGGAGUACAAAUGGCCGGAAUCGUGCGCCGCACGCCGUGUCAAGACGUUGUAG